UCAACUUGUAUCAUGGCGGCCGCAAUUUCCUCUUGUUGUCGAUUGCUGGGAUCAAGAAUAUGCAGCCAAAGCUCUUUAAUUUCACCAGUUAUACAGUUAUCUUCGCACUCAUGUAGAGGAGAGAUAAUUAGAUCGACAGCACGCCUCCCUUUACGAUGUCCCCGUGCGUAUUAUUACGUUAAACCCAAGGAGAAAAAAGGUCCGAGUUUAAGAGGUUGGGUCAUGUUUGGUGCAGGAUGUGUGGGUAUGGCCACAGGAGCUGUAGUCUACAUGGGUAAGAAAGAUUCAGAAUAUACGAAAGUGUUAACGGUUCCAUUUGACAAGGAUAGAGCUCACAGAUCCAAAUUGUUGGCAGCCAACACUUACAGAGACAAUUGAGGGAUUUGAAACUGAAUAUUGAAUUUAAAUAUCGAAAUAGGGCAUUCCAUAUUUUAUCAGGAUCUUCCUUCCACUGUGGGUCUGAAUGUCCCCUUUCAGAAUCUUGAAAUUUGGGCUCAAAAUAAUAUAGGGCAUCAGAACCACUGCUUAGUUACCCUGCAAGCAGUGGUCUCUCCAGGCCAUACCCGAUGCUACGGAGGAAGAGAAACCACUGUGAGCAACCAUUUGCUUUUCCAUCAAGCAUGUGCGUCCAUGUGUUACGUACGUCAAAUCUUCAAAUGAAAUCACUCCCUCUCGUUUUGCAAGAAACAUUAGGGACUUUCAGAUCCAAAAACGUAACGGCAACAAGAACAUCAAAAAGAAACAAAACAAUAGGUUAAAUAAGCAAAUAACAACUUUGCACGUGCAGCACACUUUUAUCUUACAUAUUUUCUUUGCCUUUUUUUGUACAACUAUGAUGUGAAAAUACCUAAUUUUGCGUUUUAUGGAGAACGUAACAAGCAACAACAAAAUUUUAUUUCUCUCUCUGAGUAUGGACAUGGUCUGUAGGAAUUACACUCCAGUUUAGUUUGCCUACAUUUGACAAAGUAAGCUGGUAGAAAUAAUUGCAAUUAAGACUAAAAGAGUGCAAAUUCACAGCAGGCUUGUGUUAAGGCAGCAGUUAUAAGCAUAAGCACAUGCGCAAUAGCCUUGUUUUUUUAUUUUAUUUUUUAUUUGUAUUUUUAAAUUUUUUUUAUCAGCUUUUCUGGACACAGGCCUGCCCAGAGGAAAUGUGCACGAACGGGACUCAGGUCCCAUGCAAGGUGCCAUCCCUACCCAAUCCCAAAACCCGUAAAAGGUUGACCACACCACCGGGGUCUACGACCCCUACUCUUUUUGAAUAGUGAUGUGGGUUCUUUUACGUCCCACAAGAAGAAAUCAGUGAAAGUGCUGUGAGAUGGGACCUACAGUUUUUCGUCCUUAUCCGAGAAGACUAGAAAGUCUAACCAUUUGCAGAUCUCAUCACGUUACAAAGGCAGCACUUUCUUCUCAGUUAUUUAAAGACCCUGAGUGUUGGUCCGGCCGGGGAUUGAACCCGUGACUUCCCGUGACUUGUUUUUAAACUUUAAACCUUAACUUGUUUUUAAACACUGAGGUUUUACCUGUUCAAAGGCACUUUAUUCGUCCAUGGUGCUGAAUGGCAGCUCAAUCAAAGAAGCCAAAGGGUUGCUUGCACUGGUUUUUCUUUCUUCAUAGCAUGGUGUCCCGCCUGGAGAAACCACUGCUUGCAGGGUACUACUUUGUUAUCCGUAGGUGCUGGAUUUUAUAUUUUGUCCCUAAGGUCAUUAGGAUGUGAAAAAUAACUGUCCAACACAUUUUUAUGUGGAGGUGUGUGUGGCCGAGUGGUUAACACCUUGAACUCUGGAUCUGGAGGUCCAGGAUUCAGGCCUCGCCUGUCGCGUUGUUUCCUUAGACAAGAAACUUUGCUCCACUUUGUCUCUGUUUACCCAGGGCCAGGUUGUUCAAAGCUGGGUUAAGAUAAGCCAGGGUUAGUGCAAAAUUUGAAUUCAGAAGUAAAAGCUUCAGUUUAGUUGUUUUUAUCUACAGCUGGAUGAUUGAAUGCUCUAGAGCAAAUUGUCCGAGAAAAUGCGUUUCAACAAGGCAAAAAGAAAUGCGGAUUAGAAUUUAAUUCCAGGUUAGCACUAAUUGGCCUUCCAACAACUCGGCCGUGGUGUAUAACUGGGUACCAGCGACAUACUGCUGGGGGGUAACAUUGCGAUGGACUAGCAUCCUGUCCAGGGGGACAUUCUCACCUUGGAGGUGAGAAUGAAUUUUUGUGUUUUGGAUAGCGCUAUCCACCUUUUGAACAACUGGGGCCUUUAUGACGGGAUUAAGCAACUCUUUCUUUGCUGACUUUUUGUCAGUUUUUUGGGAUGCAGUUUUUCAUGUAAAUGAAACAGGAUGAAGUGAAUGCAAAAAAUUAUUACACCCAUGAUGUAACAAAAUGUCUUUUGACCGCCUAAAGGAUAUUCCAAGUACUAAUAGUGAAUGUUUAUGUGAUAGGUUGGCCAGAAGCUGCUCCAGAUGAUGUAAGUAAAUAAAUCAUGACAAAUUGGAACCCAGUGUAUGUAACUAGCUUAUUCUCCCUUAAUUUUGCAAGUAUUAAAUUUCGCAAACAAUCAUGAGCCAUAUUUCAUGAUUAUUAAAUUUUAAUUUAGUGAAUUUUAGAGAUUUUUAGAGAAUUUUAAGGGAUUUUUAGAUUUUGCCAGUAUUAAAUUUUACUAUUUUUGGACUUAACUUUGAGCAUGAACUAAAUCGCCAUUAACAAUGAUGUAGGAAUUGAGAAAAUAAGUGAUCACCACAACCAUAUCAGAUACAGAUGAAAAUUUGUCAUGAGCAGUGUUAUGUUGAUGUCAGUUGUCAUAGCAAGGAAAUGACAUCAUAACCUAUUUUACCUGCGACCGUAUUUCUCAGCACGUGGAGGCUUUUUUUCCAAAAUCAUUCACUUGAGCUUGUUUCUCCAAUGGCUGCAAAAUCUGUGAAAGUGUUAUCAAGAUAUUUUGAAAUGAAAUUUUUAUGGUUACUAAUACAGUAAAAAGUGGACAAUCUUUGAUGUUCAACCAUUAUCUAUGUAAUACAAAGGGCUUUUGAAAUGCGAUUUCACCUCAUAGUACCAGACACGAGAAAAGAUCGUAGGGAUAGUUUUAGCUGAUUGCUAGAAAGAGAGAUUUGAUUAUUGUUCAUUGAGGUGCUCUUGUUGGUGUUAACAAAUGAGCAUACAAUUUGGAAACCACCCAAAAGAUUUUUUUUAAAAACUUAGUAUUCUGGAGAUUGAUUGUCAUUUUAUAUGGCCUUUUAAGUUUCAAGGUUUUUGGAAACUUGAAAUAAGGCAAUAAAGUAAGGGUUACAAUGCCCUAACUUUUCGUCAGAAAUUUGGUGUUUAGAAUCUAGUGACAGCCUAUCAUUAUUCAAGGAUAAAUAUCUCCAAGUUUCAUUUUCAUGUGAAUGGCAGCAACAAGCAAUCAAGCAUUGAAAGAUAGAGAAAAUGUUACCUAUUGGUGUUUAAGAAAAUAUGAAAUCUGGUUUUCUGACUUGAAUCGUGUGAUAUGGGUGUUUCCUGAUGAUGUCACCGUCAGAACCAACUUGUCAUUUGAGGACCACUUUCCAAAACUUUGUCACAUAUAAGCCUGGUUAUUUUGAGUUACAGCUUGAAUACUUAAAUACUUGAAUACUUCAAUGGCCUGAAAAGAUACUAAUCGAGAGGGGCUGGGUACGAGUCAGUUUGUUAUGGGAUAAACAACAUGAGACCCAUAAUUAUAUGCAGAAAGAGCACAUUGAAAUAAGCAACAUUCUCAAGUUUGGUGUUUACCAGGCCUAUAUUGAAUGAGAGGCCAUUCAAAAACUCGAAAAUUUACUAAGAAAUAUAUAGAUGUCCAGAAGAUGUGUCCGGCAAUCCAUACAUCUCGAUUAAAUUUUCAAGUAGCUGUAUCUUGUUCAAUAUUGGCCUGAUUGAGACCAAACUUCAGAUUUUUUAUAUCCUCAAUGUGCUAUUUCUGACUAAUGGGUCUUCUGUUGUUUAUCCAAUAAUAAACCAACUCAUACCCAGCCCUUCUCGACUUGAAACUAGACAAUGGGCGCUUUAAGCAUUCAGCUACCAGACUGAAGCCUCUGAGAAAUGUUGUUUGUUAGCUGGAGAAAACAGGCAACAUUUCGUAGGAAGUUACGUGUGAGAAAUGAGUGCAGAAAUUCCAUACAGAGGACAUGUCACUACCCAGAUCAGGGUUGUACUUUUGAUUGGUUGAAGCAAAUAUCCCACGUGGCACAACCAAUCAGAGGUACUACCCAGAUCUGGAUAGUGGUGAAUCAUCGGUAUGGAAUUUCUGCACUCAUUUCUCAGAUGUCAUUUUGCAGGGAAACCUGUAGUGGUGCAGCAAAAUGUCAGCUGUUUUCUCAGGCUAGUUACUUGGGAGUGUCUGAGUCAUAGUUCUGUCUUUCUGUUUGCAGGAGAAAGAUCCAUACAAGAAUGGUAUGUUUUAUUAAGGAAAAUGAUUUCGUAUUAUUUAGAAGGAAAGUUACAAAUUGAAGUGCUGAUCUCAUCAAUCAACAGAUCCUGUGCCUUUGCAGUAUAUUUAUAGAACAAGAGACAAGAUAAGGGACUUUUAUGAGGUAUGGGACUUUUAUGAGGUAUGGAUCUAGUGCCCUAUCUUUCCCAACCGUAAACAAGGCUGUGCUCUGAGGAAAAUUGAAGGGAGCCCAGUGCUCUGCACCUGUAAAUUCUAGGGUGCCCAGCAUAUGAUUUGUAUUAAAAAACAAAAACAAAAACAAGAUUGUCCAGUCCCAAGAACAAAAGUUGGGCACCAAGGACUGCCAGGCUCUGCUAGAUUUCAGCCUUGUUAAGUGUAGUUGUGUUUGGUGACCAUUUCACGGGCGUCUGGAAAACCAGGAAUCCGGAAUAGGAACCGGAACAGGAACAGGAACAGGAACCGGAACCGGAAUAGGCAUAAGAAAAGAAAACAUGUGAAACGAAAUACGGGAUCAAAUUAUGGCCGAUAUUAAUACAUCACCAUAGUUACGAAUGUCAAGUAAAAUGAAAAUGAAAACAAUUUUUACCUCUAGCAAGAAAAAGUCGAGUAUAAUAAAUGGUUUAUAAUGAAAGGUUAUACUGACAAAUAUAAACUGAAACAUUAACAGAAAGUGACACCCCGUGGAUAAAAACAUAGCUGGAAGGGGAAACGGAAUGAAAAAAACCGCAUGUCGGAUGAAAAGACUUGACUUACCUUAGUUAGUAAUGACGAAGAGGUGAUUAAAAACCGACAGGGUCAGACAAUGCGCCCAGCACCUAUUCUUCAAGACUUCGUUAAUAAUACCGGUAUAGAUACCCAAAAUACCCUUUUCGAAAAGGCCAUUUUAUCUCUUUUGGGAAAGAAACGGGAGUGUUUAGCCCAAACAACAGAUGAUUAAUGAAAAAAAAAAAGCAAGGAGAUGUGAGAGCCAGUAAAAUUCGCGUCAAUAACAUCAGUUGUCAUUCAUUAGUUUACUUGGUGUUGCGACAAAAUGCAGCGUGAUUCGCACGAGAAGGAAGUUUUCACCAAAAAUAUUCUGUAUUUUCCCCGCUUAUUUUAUCUUAUUUUAUCUUAUAUAUGUAGGUACCCCAAUAUGGUACCCAAGGAUACCCAAAACAUGUGUGAUGUGACUAAUGAUUUGGGUCCGGUGGGGAUACCCAAAAACACACGGAAAACCCCAAAUCAGUGUCACCAGGGGCCCGUUUUUUAGAAAAUUCCGGUAACUUUUCGGGCCCUAAAUCCCUACUGAAAUCGAAAUCUCAAGAGAAAAAGCGCGGAUCCUUGCUUACAGACCAAACAACGGGACUUUAAGAGCUCUACGCAAUGGAGCCUGGUAACUAAAUAUGUUGCUUUGGCUUGGCUGCAGGUUCAGGGCGGAAAAACGUAAUGAGCAUGCGUGAACUUUUUCUCCCAGAUCCCCUGGCCGGGUUUGAAAAAAUGGCGGGAUUUCAAAACUUUUUUUGUCUAAAAAUAAAAUCUUUCCACUCAUAACCUGGAAGUACCCACUGUUAAACUGCAAAAAACUUUUUGCAAUAUUGGAUUCGUAGCCUUAUCGACAGUAAGUUGUCUACCGUGAUCGGUGUAACUUAAGCUUCCUCGCUUGUUUAUCAGAGGCUCCAAUCGAUAAAAACAACGAUUAAAAAAUUGCUGCUGAUGUUAACUGUCAGUGUUCGCGUUUCGUUCUCAAAUCGUCGUUCGCAAAGCUAUGACCGUGUUAGAGUGAGGGCUUCUCCAGACUUGGGGGUUGCUGAAUGCUCGGUUAGCGAGGGUUUUGUAAGCUAUUACCAUAAAAAGGUAUCUAAGAAGAAGAAACGAUGUUCUGCCCUCCCAGUAAACAUCCGAGAAAAUACAAAAAAAAUACAAUCACUAUGUCGGUAAAUAACCGUGUUACCACAACACGAGAGUAAUGCAUCUGAUCACUUCAUCAAUGAAAAUAAACAUGUUAUAAACCGUUUUCCAGUUGUGGGCUUUGAAGCUUAACCGUCGAGUGAAUAUGAAACAGACGUAGACCUUGUUUUGAUGCAACCCUCCUUUGACUCAUGACAAUUAUUGCUCUUUUUUUAAGAACAACAAAAUUGGCAAAAGAAAAGAGAAAGGAUGAAUAUCAAAACAAGGUCAACUCUAGCCUCGUUUAUAUAUAUCUAAAAUUGGCUAUUCGAGAAAAAGGAAACGACCUGUUUGGAUGUUAAAUAUGAACACAAUGAAAGCAACUUUUUUUACUAUUAACUUUCUUUAAGGUACAGGAUGCCUUUCUAAUUGUGAGAAAAGAUAAAAGUCUCCUGGUUCAUUACAAUAAGGUAAAAGUUAUUGUAACAAAAGCAAACAAACGAACGAACAGGCAUGCGAUCAAUUAAAAUUGACAAAGACAGAAUCGCAACCUAGGUCAAACAUUAGCCAUAAUAACUGGGCUUGUAAUAAUAACUGUAAAGGAACAAAAGUUUCAAAACAAGAACAUUUCUCUACUUCAGAAUUGUUUGUGACAUCCAGAUUUGAUUUCUGCAUGAUUCUUCAACCAUACUGCAAACUUGUCUUUACAUACAAAAACACAACCGUUUUUCGAAAAAAUGUACUUCAAGCUGUCUUUCCCCCUCUUUUUUUUUAACAAAUUAGGGAGUACUUUAACGAGGAAUCAUAAUACACUUUGCAGAUAUUGUACUUUCAAGCGCUGACAUGCAAAGAAAUCAAAAGGCUUCUUCUACAAUGGAGACUUCAGUGAAACCAAACUCCUUCCGUAACUGCUCCGCGUGUUUCCACUGCAGGCCACUGAGCUUAACAGACAGCUGUUCCAUUGAGAAGGUUGGGUUUUUCGCAAGAACACAAGACUUUUUCAAGUGAUAAUAAACAUUCUGUGGCUGUACUGAAAAGGUCAAGGCGCCUUCUCUUGUGUUGUACAUCCUCAGUUCUUUACGGCACAAAACGACGUCAAAAGGCGCGGGGGGCACUACAUCACUUGGGAGGCCGGUUGGUUUUGGUCUUAGAGGAUGGUCACAUCCGUAACACAUGAAGGCUCUGGUUUCUUUUAUCCAAGUGUACGUGUAAUGGCUUUCGGAUGGGUGUGGCACGUCCACGCCUGCUACUCUCGGCUGAUAACCAGUGGUGUCUCUCGGAGUUGAAAUGUCUCUUCGUCCGCCACGUCUUCUACUUUGGCCGGGUUUCUUACCAGAUGAUGACGGCAUUCCUUCAGUUCCUGCGCGGAAUAGGCUACUUUGCGAAGAAGUGGUCGUACAGGAUGAUCUGACACCAAAUGCUUCUGAUACUGCCAUUGUAUGGAAAACCUGUAUUUUUCUUUCUUUUUGUGCUUUGGUCAUGGUCAUCCAUUUUUCCCCUGGCACUACCAGAUGUUGGCACUCAGGUCGAACCUUGAAAGGUCCUUCGCCAAUUAUUGACCUCUCGAUGUUACGUUCUUGCUCUUCAGACAUUAACUUCAGCUGAUCAACAGUUUCAGGCCAUGUUAGCUUCUUCUUCUCCAUUCUCAUCUGGAUCAUUGUUGAAGAAAAAGCUGUCGUCAAGCCCCACUUUUUCCCUCACACUGGAAAUCAUCCCGUCUUUCAUGUCUUGCGCAACGUAGCUGAGAAAGUACCAGUAAAAUUCUGCUUGGUCUACACUUGAUAAUUGCCUCGCAUCCAUUUCUCUUUUCGUCCAGACGGGAUAAAACGAUUCUAAACGGGCAUCAAAGUCGGUGGCACAGGAGGAGUCGAUAAGGCCAAGCUCUUUUCUUGCCUCGGAGCCAAAAAUGUCGUCUAUAAAGAUUCGUUCACAAGCUUGGUCAACUCCAAGAUCCCUCAACUUUCUGCGGAUGUCUUGCUCUACGUGACCUUUGCAGUACACCAUGGUAGCAAUGGGAAAUGAAGAGGAAAACCCUUUCCUAAGAGCGACGUCUCUGUCUGAGCCAAUCGCCACGACGUUUGAGAGGUCAGCAUUCAGCGACACAAGUGACGAUGAGAAGUACUGGUAUGUUUCUGCCUUCUUCUGCAUAUGAACCAUUGUUGGCCCUAACAACGUUGGUGGCUUUCCAUAUUUCCUGUCUACCAAAAGACUGUGCUUAUACGUAGUUGGAGUAACGUAAAAGUUCCAACGUUGAACGUUGUGUCUAUGCACAGUAUCUGAGGGGGUAGAAAGUGCGCGGUACAAAAUCGCACUACAUCGUUCAGUUGCCUGUUGUUGGCCAAGAGACACGCUGGUUCAGGACUAACUUGCACUCGUCUUAUAAAUGGUGCAGAAUCGUUUGCUUCAACACGGGACAUCUUAAUUAGCUCAGCAAUUUGGUCUUUGUCUUUGUGAGAUUUGAGACUUCGUUUAACAUCAGUUACCUGCCGUCUGCUUUUCGGUAGGUCGCCGUGCGAUGUAAAUGCAAUAAUACCUCCCGCAUCCUCAAACACCUCGUCAUAGACUUGACUGAGUCCCUUGCGGGCUUUCACCUUUUCUUUGAUUGCGUCUAGAGUGCUUGGCUUACUGCGGUAGUAACACCUCUCGCUUUUCUUUGCAUUUCCAUGGCGUUGACUUUUGAUUGGGUGCGGGUCACCAUCAAAUUCAUAGCGAACAAUUACGUGCGGAAGCCGCAUGCCCCUGUUGUCGUAUCCCUCGAAGCACCUUCGUUUAAAAUCCUUGUGUUUUUGAUGCGUCCAGUAGGUUUUCUUGAGGUGCACCACAUUUGCGUCAUGUUUUCCUGAAGGUUUCGUUUUGGACAGGAAAGGAGAUCCAGUCUCAGUGACCUCGUAGUGGCCAAGAUUCACUUUUCCGACGUGAUGGAACGCUCCAAGAUCGUCAGCUUUCCAAUCAUUUGGGUUUUUCAGUGCCCUGGUAUCCAUCAGAAAGGUACCGUUUUCUUGGCAUCCAACAGGUACCUUUUUGCAAACAUAAUCGGGAGGAGGUUCUCUGAUAAGAAACGGAAUCUCUUCCAUGCCUUCUUCCAAGUUAAUAUUUAACAUGGGAAGCUCUACAUCACCUUUAAACAGUUGUGGAAUUUCUUCGCUAUCGCUAUCAGAAGAAAGACUUUGACUCUAAAACCAAAAUGAAUUCAUAGAAACGAUCAUAAAUUUGCUAUUUAAAUUACAAACACUCCAGUAAAAAAGUCAAUGUACUGUUUAAGAACUGAUCUCCUUUAUCCUUCCUCCAACACGAUCCUAAGAAUAGUUCCGGGGUAUAUGUAAUAGAAAAUCAUUCUAAGAACUGUUCUUAAGGUUGAAAAAGGGUACUGCUUUCCCUUUUCAGUAUAACUACUUUCUACAGCAAUUUUCUAUUUUUACACACUCAGGGUUUCAAUUUGAGCUUCCUAGCCAGAAAAAUACUUCUGAUUCUUCCACCUAUGUAAUUUACGCCAUUUUCAAUCUGUAACUAUCUUUUUUGUAAUAUGUGGAAUAUAUGUAUAUAUUUUAUUUCACGCAAAAAUAAUAAACUGAAACUGAAGCUCACAAAACAUACGUUUGCUGCACAAAUAUUGCAGUAGUUUUUGAAAAUGUGUUAGUGAACGAUAAUAUAUUCAUAAAACGGAAAGCUAUUUCUUGACUGUUUCUACUACAAAUGCACAAUGUAUAGUCAUAAUAACUAAACCUUUUGUCAAGUUCAUCUUCUAACAAUGCAGGUGCAGGACGCAACUCUAAAGCUACAUAAUGUGAUUAGACACACAUCAGGCGUUUCGCCUGUCACUACCUCUACAGAGCUGGUAACCGAAAGAUCUUCGUCUACGUUUCGUUCUUCAGUGAAUAGUUUCUGCAAAGGAAAGGAUGCUUGCGUUUUAAAAAGGAUGAUUCAAGGCAUGUUUGUUAUUACACAUUUUAUGCUAGAAACACAACAGAAUAAUUUUCAAGAGAAAACAGGGAAGUGCUCAUAGAUAGUACUACAAAGAUGACAACGUACCUGUGAUAUAACUUCGGUAAUGGUCACAUCACUGUCUUCAUCUGAUCCAGCAGAAUGGUCACUUACUUCCUGAUGACAGAAAAGAAAAGAAACCUCUGAGGUUAUAGAAGUAAGACGUAUAUGGUCUGUGAAGUACAUUCAUUAUCUAUAAUAUACUCGUGUAAAGCGUUCUCUGGUUAAGACGUUGUUCUUUUUUUGAAGGUAAAACCUACAAAGUUCUACCGUGUUAAACGGAGAAAGCGUUUUGUAUGUUACACUCUCAGGUUACGUUGUUUUUGGACGUUAUAGAAGCUAUUGUUUCAUGCCAAGAAGUGACAAAUCACGAGCUAGAAAAGUUAAGGUGAUAUUCAAGUUGACUACAAACAAUCCAGUGAACCAGUAAAUCGAAAUAGCGUAUCCUUAUGGCAGGAAAAAAGAGACAGGAUGAAACAAAUCGUUACCUGACUUACUCCAAACAGCUCUCGACGGCUUUGUGAAAUUCUGCAAAUAAAAACUUCAUACUAAAUAAAUGCUUGGACGUUUGAGUCCCUCAGCUGGGAUAAACAGCUUAGUGAAAUAUCAUCAUCCGAUGUCUUGAAUGUGAUCAAACGGGGUCAAAAUGUAUCCUUGAGCUGACACUUGGUCAAGAGAAGAUUUGAAUUUAAGUUUCUACAUUUUUGGAGAUAAAAUGGGAUUCGUCAGCAGGGUUUACCUUUGCAAAGUCCAGUUAAUUUUGCAUAAGAGUAGUCUCUGUUCACAGCUAGGAUAGCAUAGGUACAAAAUUCAGUGAAGGAACACUAUAAAACUGAGACCCAAUCUCUGGAGAUAUAAAAUCUGGAGACUGUCUCUUUUGCAAAACUGUCCCCCUCCCUCCCAAAAGGAAAAAGUCAACCAACACUACCCCUGAUACAGACACAAAUCGACCCAGCCCUAAAUCAUAAUGCAGGUGUGGUUAAGGACAUUAUGCGACGUCUUACAAGAGGUUUAAUGACGAAAUAAUCUUUGUGAGUUCCAAACGAACCCGCAAGACAACAACUUGCCUCCUACAAAUCACAACCCGUACAAUUGAACAGAACUGAAUUAAUUUACUGUACUAAACAGUCCAUACUGUACGUUGACGAACUGUUUCUUGCAUGACAAAACUGUUCAGAGCAAAAAAUACUCAAUCUCCUCUUAAAAAGGCAACUUGCAAAUUCCCUACGGUAUAGUACCUGCACCGAAACCGGAACCGGAAAUAAACGGUAGCUACAAUCUUUGUCAUCAAUGAAUGUCCAUGCAAAAAUGCUGCCAGAAACCGUGAUUUGGUGAUCUGCACUGAAGACCGGGGGUGCUUACAAUUUGGUCAGGAAAAAAAUGCAUCUUUUUUAAAUUCGCUUUACUUUACUUUUUGUCGCGAAUGAGCAUCCCCCACAAGCGACUGCUUUUUCGAAUUCCUACACCAUUAAAGGGACGUCGCUUAAGAGAACGUUGACCUGUUUAUCAUAGGUCCACUCAACACAAUAUGCAAGUUAAACGAACAUAACAGCAAUAAUGUCACCUAAUAAAUAUCGCAUUCAGCAGGUCACGCCAUAAUAUUAAAGACGCUUGCUUUUUAAAGUUUUUUUACUGAAUGUGCACUGAAUAUAAGACACUUCUGCUUUCUAAAACGAGCAAGAAAUACCUUAGCCCAGAAAGAUCGGUGACUUCGGUUAUCGGACCGAAUGCUAACUGGCAGAAAUCGGCAUCAAAUUGAGAUUUGUGGUGUGAUCCUUUAUCAUAACCUUUAAAAGAUUACAAUUUCAAAGACAGCUAUCGUAAAUAAUUAAUUGUAAAGUGUAUUACAAGUCGUCGGACAGAAAAAUAUCGCCAUCCGCUGAUGAUAAACCGAUUUCGAAACAUGUGCUCACCUUGCCGUUGUUUCUUCCUCAUCUUCGCUUAGGCCAUGGCAAGAUCUGCAAGGCAAGUCAGGUACAGGUUUGUGGUUGAUCACCUCAACAUUUCGUUCGAAUUAACAGCUUUUUCCGCUUUUUACCUUUUCUUCUCUGGACUCCUUUCUUCUUCCAUGUUCCCACGCGGUAACGACUAAGGAGGAGUUUCAAUGUCAAUCAUUUUCGUAAGUUGAUCCGAAGCGAACGUCAGAGGCUUGGCUCUAACUUUAUCGAAAAAAAUGGAUACAGUUUACACACGUGUGACAAAAAAAUGGUUAUCAUACCUUAAAUCCGCAUGAAACUGGUCUUGUAUUUGAGGAAUAUUAAAGAAAAAGCUGCAUCUACUAUGAGAAUCACCAAAGAUCAUUUGACUUGUUUUUAGGAGGGGCGGGAGGGAUUACAAAAAAUAUAUUGUAUGUAUACAACCCGACGGCAGGAAAAAAUUCUUGUGCGGAGUUAAUAGUCCUAUGUUAAAAAUGACAAAAUAAGGAAAAAAAAUUAUUGCAGUGGUAGGCUGGGAAUUAAUUAUUGCCCCAACCAUCCCCACCCCUCCUCCUCAGCAAAAGGGUCCUCUUAAGAAGUUUCUAAAACAUGUUAAGGUCGGCCUUUCCAGGUCUUUUUCUAAAACAUGACGUUCUUGUUCCUGCUCCUGUUCCUGUUCCUGUUCCUAUUCCGGUUCCGGUUCCGGUUCCGGUUCCGGUUCCGGUUCCGGUUCCGGUUCCUACUCCUGUUCCGGUUCCUAUUCCGGAUUCCUGCUUUUCCAGACGCCCCCAUUUCACUACAAUCUCCCUUAGACCUUUCCAGGGUUUUUGUCAACUUUUGUUGAGGACCAGCAAGGGAAAAUCCUUUAACUACUGGAAAGAGCUCCUUGUGACAAUUUUGAGAGUGAUUGGGCAGAAAGGAAAACAAAGAUUUGGCUUCACCAAAUCACAGUUAACCUUGUAAAAUUUCAUGACUCUGUGACUUUGACUUAGCUUACCGGUUUUUAUUCUAAUCAUAAUAUCAUGGGUGACAACUUUGGCAUUAAAGAUCAGCAUAAAUUUAUAAUUUCACACAUAAAAAUUACAAAGUCGCCAUGGCAAUGUUCGGUGUGUCUUAGUUCCAAGAUUGUGUCAAAGUGUUAUAAAUGAAGAUGUUGGGGCAUCAAAAGAUGCCCUAGAAAACCUAAACAUACAAAAGAGCACAUCAAGAACCACUCUAACAGGUAUUUUGUUGAAAAAAUCAAAAAUUUGUGCGGGGAGUUCUCAAUACAAUAAGCAAGUAAAAAAACCACAAUUGUAGGUGUAAUUUGUCACUCGUGAAAUUAGGGAAUAAAAUCACUGGCAUUUUGUCCAAAUUCUGAUCAUUUCCCUUGCCUAAAGGCUUAGGAAAUUAUCAUAAUUUGGACAAAAAGCGUGAAAUUAUUCUCUUAUUUCGCUCAUCACCAUUUGAUUACUCAUACUAAUUAUUUCAUUUUCCUUUUUUUAAAUAUAAAAGAUGUUUGCUGAGCCCUCUAGCAAAAUGUUGUUACCUGAACCUCUGCAAGAGCCAUAUUACCAGCCCCCAUAUACUUUGGUGUUGGAAUUAAAAGAUGUAUUAGUUCACCCAGAAUAUGAUGUAAGUACUGUGAGUAUAACUUCCUUACCCACAAAACAUGAGCCCUCAAGGACUAAGCUUGUGCCUACAGUCUCAGUCAAAAUUGUUGGGACACUUUGCUGUCUUCUUGCCCUCCCAAUGUUGGUGUGCAAGAUUUGGUGAGUUUACUGUGAUAACCAACAUUGGAAGGACAAGGAGAUGGGCCAGAAGAGAAAAACAGCAUUGGGUGGAAGUGUCCCAACUGUUUUUGUCGGAGACUGUAGAUCACUUGUGGGUUUGUCCAUGAGAAAUCUAGGUACAAGAUUACUCAGACAAGGACUUGUUGAAAGGUUUGUACUUUCUGGGCAUUUUGAAUUUUUGGUUUUUCUGAGGAAAGAGGAAAACUCUGGCAGCUAGGGAUAAACCUCUCACAGCAAGGGAGACAAUCAACAACAAAUUUAAUAACCUGCUAGUGGCUUUGAUGCCAGGGGUUGGCGUAGCCCACAUUGGGGGGUGGUGAGUGCUCCUAUUGCAGUGCCAUUCUUAAUAUAGUCAUCAGUGUCUCCAAGAUGGACACCAUUGGGUAUGGCACUAAGUGUCCAGCAUGGAGAGGUGUCUGCCUUAUGUAGUGUGACUGAAUUUAAAAAAAGAACCUUAUUUGAUUGUCAAUGUAUUUAGCACGAAAGGACUAAUUAGGGACACUAUUUUUAAGUGAUCAUCUGAGCCACGUGAAGGUUCAGCUGCUUGCAGUGCAAAGGGAGUACCUUCAUUUCUCGGUAAUUUUAAGACCCUGAGUAUUGGUUGGGCCCUGGGAAUCGAACCUCCGACCUUCCACUCUGUAAACGCUCUAACGACUGAGCUAAUCCUGCCAUGAUAGAGACAAACUUUAGGUGUUCAUUAUAUUGAUAUUGUUUUAUUUAGAGGUAACUGUUACAGCAAGGAGCCCAAAAGUGUGACCGCUUUUGAUUUAUUCACACUCUUUUGUGCAGAUUUUAUCCAAUAAGAAGCCAGCUGGAAACUGUCCUCGACUUCUGAUUGGUUAAUGUCUGCAUGAAAGAAUGUGAGUUAUUUAAAGGAGGUCAAAUUUUUGGGAUCCUUGCUGUAAGAGAAAGUUAACUGUAAUGGUGUGUUGUCAUCUUUAAAAACUAUAACAUCAAGCCUUGUGAGGUAAGGAUCACUGUCUCAUAUUCCAUUGGGAUGAGAUACAAGUGGUCCUUUCAAACCCUAUUAAUAUGGACACUGAGGGGCCAUGGAAAGUGUCUGUAUUAAGUGGCUUAAAUUUACAGAAAAUGUAAGGAAGGGCUUUGCCCUGGGACAAAGCAAACUGUCUGUAUAACGAGGUGUCUGUAUUAAGCGGGUGGCCAUUAAGGGGGGUUCUACUGUAGAUGCUAGCAUGCUAGGAAGACUUUCUUUCUAUUCUCUUUUCCCACACAAAAGAAAAUAAUGGUAUUUACUUCUUUCUGACUUCACUGACACAUGCCCAAUUUUAGCAGCUUUCAUUUAUUCUGUCUUUUGUGGUUUGGCUAAAAUUAGGCUCUCUUCUUCGUUUUUCCUUGCCUGUUAGAUUUUUUUACCAAGCAAAACGUAAAUAGAGCCUUACCUUAGGUUAACAAUAAGUAGUUUCUUCACUAUUGCUUUUUAGCGUAAAAGUGGCUGGCGCUUUAGAAAGAGACCUGGAGUAGAUGCCUUUCUUAAUCAGCUUGGGCCUCCACUAUUUGAAGUUGUCAUCUAUACGCAUGAAGCUGGAUUUGUAAGUGUGUUCUUAAUGUGUAAUGGUUAAAAUUCCUGGAAUGAUAAUCGUAAUUACAAUAAUAGUCAGAAUUAGAAUUUAAAUCGUAAUCAUGGUCCUAAAAAUGACCAGUGAGCUUCUCCAGUGAAAACCUAGGGGUGGUGGGUCGGCAAACUUAGCGCCAUGCUCGAGCUGGUAGAUUAAAAAGUUGUCAACUUUGUAUAGUGUUGUAAUUCAUUCCAUAGAUCCUCAACUACAAAGGCUAUGUCCAUACUAGACCGGAGAGCUUAGUUUUGCACCGGCAUGAAAACCAUACCAGAUAGGGCUUCCGUUCACACACAAGAACAGUGAUAUCGGAUAAUAGAGAGCUUUAGAUUCUGAGACGGAGACGACUACGAGUACGAGUUUUUCUCAGUCCUUAAAGUACUGUUAAAGUACUGCUCACGCGGGAGCCAACGUCAUUUUGACGGGAAAACGUGAUAGCCGUCGUCACUCUACUACGAGUUCAAAGUGGCGGGAACAAGUUAUCAAAUGUAAGAAGUUUAAUCAUUUUGCGACCGGUAAAGAGCUAAACCCUCUCCAAUAAAAAUAACUGCACUAAUUUUUCAGUUGAAAAGUAGUACAAUGAAGCUUUCUGGGUUGAAUAUUUUUCGGGAAUUCGCGAAAAAACCUUAAGUUAAAUCUCGUACUCGUAGUCGUCCUCGUCCUCAAGUCUAAAGCUCUCUGCGUACUAUAGGUGUUCAGACCGGAUGGCUUUUUCGUGUCGGCACGAAAAUCUGUGCGGUAAAGUUAAGUAUGAACAUAGCCUAAGAUUGAAUACUCAGUAAUGUUAUAACCUUUUAAACCCUAAGAUCAAACUUUGGAUUCUCAUUUGUUGCUCCUAUUCAUAUCCUACAGAAGUAGUGGGGAGAAGUUGAUUAAAUUUAAAUAUCAAGCAAAUUCAUCUUGUGUGAUUAUGUCUGUAAUUCUCAUGACCACUCUGUUUUACAAAGCAUUGAUAUUACAAGGAGAAAUUUGUUGCUGAUCAUUCCUAGAGCUUAAAGGGUUAAAUAAGGGGCCUCAAUUAAAUUAAUUACUUUUAAAUUUGCUGGCGUUGGUAAGUUUUAUAUAGUUUAAGAUUUCGACAAAUUUAUACCAUUUGUCUUGAUGUGUUGUUGAGUAUUAUUUCAUGUCUUGUGCCUUUCUCCUUUUUUAGAGUGCCUCACCAGUUAUCGAUGGCUUAGAUCCCAGUGGAAUGAUCAUGUACCGACUGUUCAGGGAUGCUACACGAUACACUGACGGUGUACACUUGAAGGUCAGGCGCGGGGCAUAGCUUUCGUUUAAAUUUUUAAGGAGUGAACACCCCACCUCCCCUUCCUUCCGAGGGGAGUACUCGAUCAAUAUUUCGGUAUAGGUGAGCCGCUGAGAGUUUUAAGCGCAGACCCGGUUUAAGACGAAAAAUUCCUAAAAUAAAUAACCUGUUUAGGACAACACCCUCAAUUAUAUUGCAUAUACCCUGUUUAGGACAAAGGAGAAUUUAUUGGCAAUUACGACUGAGCAAUAGUCAUUUCUUUUGUAUACUUGGAGAGCAAACAAAUUUCAUUUAGCAAAUCAAGUCAAUAGUGCAGGCAAUAACCAGUUUAUAAUUAGGACAGACUCGCACGCGAUUGUAUACCCUGUUUAAGACAGACUCGGGUGAUAUUGAAUACCCUGUUCAGGAUGGAGAGGACAAAAACCAUACGCUCUCCAGAGACACAUCUCGUUAAAGGCCAUAUAGGGGAGUAACCCCCGGAGGGGCACCUGCGAAAAGCAGGCUGAUUUAGCAACAGAAUGGGAACUUCAACGAUAAAUCCACGCAAAGACAAGGAUAAGCGAACCGCUUCACCAAGAUGGCAAGAGCUUCAUUGUUAUAAACGAACCAACCUUUCAGGUCUUUUGACUUUCUCAUAAACAGGACUGGCAAAUUUGAGGUCUUGAAAUCAAAGGUCGGUUUAAGAUGAGGACGGCAACGGUACCAUAAUGCUCGCGUGCUCGACGAUGUCCUCGCGCGAUCGGAAGUCACCGUCCUCACCAAACCGUCCUCUAAGAUCUCUAAUGUCCGUCCACACUUACCCUGUGCUUGUUUAUUCGUUUUCGUUGUUCACACUGCCAUCAUUGAAAAUUAGCAAAGCGUUGCUUUGGCCAUCGAAACCUCCAUUUUUUAUCACCGUUUUCGUUUGGACGUAAGGCCAAUCUGUCCAAAGAAAGAUGAAACUAUGCCUGCGUAGGUUUUCGUUAGUUUGUAUCCACAUCUACAUCUACAUCUACUUUAAUACUCUUCAACGCUAUUACACAUCAAGAAGAGUUUAAAGAAUAAAAAUAUAAACAUAGCUAAUAAAAAAAAAAAUAAAUAAAACAUGUAAUUAAGAAUAUAGCUAUACUUAAAAAUAAAACGUAAAAUAAUUUUGCACUGCAAAAUCCAGUAGUCAGCAGCGUAGGGAAAACGUUAUUAAGGGGCCAUACACCCUAGUCGGGGAAGGACAAGUAACCGCGUAACAAAGGCUGGCCACUCGAUAGAAGUUGUGUUCACAGGGACUGGCUACCGCAUGUCUCACUAAAUAGAGGGUCGAAUUUAAAAUAAUUACAAUAGGCCAUUUCCGAGUUCCCCCGGGCUUCCAUAUCAAAACGAGGUUAAGUGCUCAGCCUUUGAUAUGGAAAUGAUUUUUCAUUCUUGCGCAAAUAAAACUCAUUUUCACAAGAAGGGUUGUGCACUUGGCCUCUUUUUGAAAGUGAGGUUUUAUGGAACUUUCCACCAUGCCACCUCCGCGUCCCGCAGUUGUUUCUGGGAUCGUUACUGCCAUGGAGACGCCCCAGUCAGCUGUUGGCCACUUUUUUUCCCUUGUCUCUAGUAACAAUCCCACAAGUCUUUUUGAAAGUCAGCUCGGCCCAGUUUCUUCUCGUUUCUAAAGUGGUAAAUAAAAGUUGGACUCUGUGUUCCUAAUAUUUAACAAUUAUUCCUCGAGCCCAAAUGGGCUAUUGACUCAGAGGCCAUGAGGGCGAGAGGAAUAAUUGUUUUAGUAAAAUCCAACUAGUUGGUAAAAAAUAUCGAGAAUAAAAAAAAUUUAGCUAGUUAAAACUAGACUUAAAUCCUUUUUUGAAGCCCAAAAGCCCGCGCUUUUCGUACUAGUAGGCUAUAACAUAUAGCCUAGUAGUAGCUCAACCAAUCAGAACGCAGCAUUGAUAAUAGACCACUAGUUGGAUUUUACUACACCGUAAUAGUACCUCUUGUUAUAUCAAAACUGUAGUGGUGUUUCUUAAACGACUUUGUAUUCUUAUUCUCCAGGAUUUGUCUGCACUUAACCGUGACCUGUCCAAAGUUAUCAUGAUUGACUGCGAUGAAAAAGCUGCAAGUGAUAACAUACGAAACGCCAUUAUUCUUAAAAAAUGGGAAGGAGAUCCGCAGGACAAAACGCUUUUUGAUCUUGUCCCUUUCCUUCAAAGUAAGUAACUGUUUCUUGCUUCACGUGUGGGGCUGGUGUUGGGAAGCGUGGACAGAGCGAAAGCUAUGGCUCUUGUAAAAUUUAUAGAAACUCUCUCACAUUUCUCCCAGCCCUUCUACUUCGUGGGGUUAUCAAGUUAGCAUUUUCCGAUCGUGAGAGGGCUCAGCCUCCUUCAAUAAAAAUAACUUUGUAAACAUUUCUGUUGAAAAAAAAGUAAAAGGAAGCUUCUCGGGGUGUCUAUUUUUUGAGAAUACGCGAAAAAAAAUUUUGAGUCAAAUCUCUUCCAGUCGUAGUCGUCCUCGUCUUACAAGUUAUCGAGUUCAUUCUCAGUUCCCACCACGGAUUCCUAAGAGGUAGAUCCUGUACAACGCAGCUUCUCUUGGUACACCAGGACUGGCCUAAGGCGUUUGAUAAAGGUGGUCCGGUUGAUGUGAUGUUUAUAGAUUUUGCUAAGGCCUUCGACCUUGUAAAUCACUCCGUACCUUUGAAUAAGUUAUACAAAUAUGGAAUUCGUGGUAGCCUUUUGGACUGGUGUAGAGACUAUCUUACUAACCGCCGGCAAAGAGUCGUUGUAAAAGGGGAAGUAUCUGAUUGGCUAACAGUUACCUCUUGUGUGCUGCAAGGCUCCUUGUUGGGUCCUUUAUUUUUUAUAAUUUAUAUUAAUGAUUUACCCGGGGUUAUCAGUGGGGAUAGCUCCUUUGCCUUAUAUGCUGAUGAUAGCAAAUUAUAAAGGGUCAUCAAUUCUCCUGAAGAUAUUACACCCUUUCAGGGUGACCUUGAUAAGAUUUCUGACUGGUGCAAUGAGAAUAAAAUGAAGGUCAAGGUUAAGAAAUGUAAAAUUAUGAGAAUUACUAGAAAAAAGAGUCCUCUGGUUAGGGACUAUCCAAUUAAUGGUCAAAGUUUGGAAAGUGUACUUACAUAUAAGGACCUAGGUUUGCUUACUAGCUGUACUGAACAUAUCAUGGAAUUCUCAUGCAGAUUCUAUAACUGCUAGGGCUAAUAGGGUUCUUGGUUUGGUGAAAAGAACGUGUAAGGACUUUAGGGAUAUUACUACAUUAAGAACGCUUUACUGCAGUCUUGUUAGACCUUUGCUUGAAUACUCAUGUGAGACCUGGAAUUCUCACACACAACGCAAUAUUAAUAGAUUAGAGGCAAUUCAGAGGGGGGCGACUAAGUUCAUCCUAAAGUGUAAUGAGGAUUAUAACACUAGACUAAGUCUAUUAAAUUAACAAGUUUAUUUAAUAGGAGAUUUGCGAGGGAUGUUGUACUUUUAAUUAAUUUGAUUAAUGGCUAUUUUAAUAUGGAUGUCUCCAACAAGCUGUCUUUUUGUAAAGAUCGUAACUUAGAUUAUGACUUAAGAAAAAAUGACUCUCUUGACCUUGUCUGUAUGUACAGUAGAACUAAUGGUUUUAAAUAUGGUUAUUUUAUCCGUAUUAUCAAUGAAUGGAAUAGCCUACCCAAUGAUAUAAAAGAAUCUGUUAGUAUUUCUGGUUUAAGCAGAAAGUUAUAUCAUUUCUCGCUAAUAGUUAGUGAUAUACUUUGACCAGAUUUCGCGUGGGUGCGCAACGCCAGGGCUGGUGCCAACCGGCACGACGCCGUCUCGUUACGAUUCAUGACUACGGUUUCUCAUACUCGUACGAGAUCUGCUCUAGUAUUUUUUCGAUUCCUUUUUAUACCUUUUGAAUUUCAGAUAUUUUAGAUUUUUUUAUUCUAGAUUUAGAUACGAUUUGUAUUAUAUACAUCUCCAUAUUAUAUUGUAGUUUUCUGGGGAGGAUCCCGCGUAUGGUGCUUAGUGCGCUUUUGGAUCCUUCCCUAUCCUCCUACACUAAUUUUUUCAGUGUAUAUGUUUAUGCUUUUACUUACUGUAUUGGAGAAAACUGUAGUAAAUAAAAGAAUCUAAAGGUCUACAACAACAACAACGACGACAACAGAUAACUCACGCGCAAGCCACAAGUGAAAAUAAGAGUAUAUUCGUUGACGUGUUAAACGUACCAGGGAUUUGUGAUUCUCUUUUCUGAUGUAAUUGUUUAAAGGGAACCUCUAUUGUUCUGACACAAAGAGCUUUUGUUUAAUAACAAUAGGGCAACCAUUACACGUCACAAUUAUUCAAGAUGGCGACGCCCGCAAAAUUUGAAAACAAAAAUAGGCGAAUCUAAAAGUUAUUUCUUUCGGAUACAAACGCUUUCUUUAAAAAUAUUUUAGAUUGACUUGACUGUAACAGUUAUUUCCUGUGAUUUAAAGUUGUCUUUUUGUUGAAGUGGAGGUUCUCUUUAAUUGCGAAACUAACAUCAUACAAAAUAAGCAAGGAGUAACUUUAAUUUAAGGUAAAACUCAUCGAUGGUAAUACGUUGUUAAAAAAAACUUGAUUGUUACUUUACUUAAAGCAAUAAUGUUCGUGUCUGUUUUUCCUCUCUUCAGCCAUUGCCACUUCAAACGUUGACGACAUUCGCGCAGUUUUAGACUUUUAUCGAAAAGAGGACGAUAUCUUAGAAGCAUUCAAACGCAACCAGGCAAGAUUACGAGAGGCCGAACAAGAAAGACUAGCACAGCUGAAUCAAAAACAGGGGGGAACUUCAUCGUGGUCAGGGAUGUUUGGCAGAAGUUUUGGCUUUGGCAGAUCAAGCAAUAAACCGUAAGUUUUUCUCUUUCAAUCGUCAUUUUCGUAUAAUAUGUCCGGACAAAUGCAGACAAUUUUGGGGGUCAUGUAGCAGCUGCUCGGAAGAGAAGUCACCAGUAGUGCCUAACCCUGACCCCAAACAAUAGUGAAACAGUUGAAAGAAUGACAUGUCAUUGUUUUCUGCGACCAAUCAGGAGAGACCUUACGAGCAGCUCCUACACAGCUGAAUUUUUUUAACCUGUUCCACCCGUUUACACGGAAUCGUGCAAUUUCCGUUCCAGAUUGUAGUAUUAGGGAGCUUGAGCAUUCAACGAGAACGACGACAGCAGCAAACACUUCUCUUAAAGUGAAUUUACGUUGUUAUAGAAUUCAUCGCUCUUAUUCCAUGUCUUCAGAAACCCAUAAGGGGUUUUCAACCCCUUAUGAGUUUCUGAUGUCGUUCAAUAGACCUUUUUACCGAUACGGCGGCCAUAUUGAAUUAAUUCGAUUUAAGGAGUAUUAUAGGAUGCCCAGGGGGCAUGAGCACAUUUCGUUUGUAUUUUCGAGCGCUUUUCGGGACAUUUUUUCUUAAAGUUUUCUUAGAAUAAGAUUGUAGUGGGAAAAAAGAUGCUUGUGCUGUGUUUGGAUGUAAUAAUGAUCGACUUUUUCUAGUUUAAUAUUAGAAAUAUGGUCUUUCACUGUAUAUUUCUCGGGAAAAAUGUUAUUGAAAUUUUGUGGAGUUAAAUUCUAAAGGACUUCUCUAAGUUUAAAAAAAGGACUAAAAAAUCGAUGUCUUGCGUUCACGUUCUCCAGAAAACGUGAAAUAGGCCAUUUUACAGUUGUGGGCUUGGUGUCCUGGCCUUUGAGUGAAAGUGAGGCUAAGGUUGACCUUGUUUUGAUAUAAACCUCUUUCCUUUUCUAAUGGAAAUGUUGCUUAAAAAAUACUAGUUAGCGUAACAACAACUCGCAGUCGUAUGACCAGCCGGAAAUAGUAAAAAAUACGAUCGUUUUCCAGUCUAUAGAUAACAGUUUUUUUUUUUUUUACAUUGUAAAGCGCUUAGAACAGCUAUGUAUAAGCGCUAUUUUCAUUGAUAUAAUAGUCCAUUUUCGAGUUCGCUAUGACCGCUGAAUUUAAGAAGUGAAGACGCAUUUUUUACAGCCUUAGCCUCAAUCUGAAGUAAUAUAUUCACAAAUUCCAACGAGAAAAAGACCUGUUUAUUACUCUGUCUUUUGUGUAUAUUCAAAUUUCAAACACUUGCUUGCCAGAAUUUCUGAACAUUUUACUUUACGUCGAGGCUAACCCUGUAUGAAUGUGUCGUUAAUGUUUAUAUUCAGCGGUAAUUUUCAAUUCGAAACUGGACUAUUGCGCCGAAAUGGAUUCGCGCGCUCCUUAAAUUAGCAUAUUUUCUCUCUAGAGACCUUUCUAGCACCCCUGGGUAUUUAGCUUAGUAUUUAUUCGCCCUACCGUCAACAGAUUGCUCUCAUAUGCGUUCAUGCCCCGAGAGGUCUAUUCAGACUUUCGUUUUUUGCCCCUCCCUCCUCCCCUCAGCGACGAAAACCUUCAUCCCUGCUGCACUUCUUUGCACACGCGGAAAUUAUUUUCGCCCAUAUCUUAGUAUCCCCGCGUGUGCCAUAGAGGCGCAGCAUAGCAAGGAAAAUUGUUCUACUAUAUAAAUUCCAUUAUUAUUAUUAUUAGUUCUGUCAGACAAUAAAGCUGUAACUUUUUGUUGGCAAUUCGUUUGCUUGAUCAGUAGCUCAGUUUAUCCAGCUUCCACUACUUAAUCUUUUAUGGCUACAAUCCUGGACCCGAAACUCUCCGUUUUUGAUUUGAGGGGAGGUGGGGUAGGGGAGGGUCUGAAUUUUUCCAUCUAUUUUGUCUAAGAUCGUAUAACGUUGCGUGCUGUUAUUUCAAAGGUUACAGGUUAGAACCCGCUAGAUCAAGCCCGAAUGUUUUCGUGAUUUUAUUAUGUUUUUAAUAAAUCUAUUUAGUUGAUAAGAUCAGUGGAGUUUCAACACUCUCUCGUAGUCACGUUCCUCUCUCACGUUGACCGCGAUCAAUUCAUAUCUUCACGUUAUUCAGUUCAGCCUUCAUGUUUUAAAUUUUCGUGCCAUUGCGUUUCUUUCUAUACUGACGUUAUUUAUAUGCUUAAAAGUUUUCUCAAUCACGUUCUUUCGACGUUUCUUCUCAUUAUUUCUUUGUUUUUGUUUUCAAUAAAAGUCGUUCCUAAGCGGCAUUGCAGUAUUCUCGUUGUCGAUCAAUAUAUACUAAUUAUGUCUAAAUACUCAACAGAAUGAAGUUUUAAUAGUCGUUUUAUUGUUAGCACUGUUUAUAUUGGCGCGCACGCUGUUGGCCUCUGGUUUUCCGUUCACACAGUAAUAGUACCUCAACCAUGAAUAUCAUCGUUAACGUCUAAGUGCUUUGGAGAAAUGGCUAUGAUUGUCUUUGUUAAUAUUUCAGUUCCUGCGCCAGUGGCAAUUCGAAUGUCUAAGUUGUACUCUUUAAACGGUAGGCCGGUAAAUAACCGUACAGUGCCCUCGUUGAAACAUGUCCUUGAGCCACGUGCUUGCAGUGCUGCAUUGUUCUGUUCGUAAGAAUGUACAGGCUGGCUUUUGUCUCCAAGUCUGUGGAGAUAAUCCCGUUCGUUUGUACGUGACAACUCCUCACCAGAGUAAUUAUCCUUCUCUGCUCGAAAGGCGGAUAACUUUUACCCAGGAUUAGGCCAAAUCCUUCUCGUCUAGGAAUUUGCAACCGGAGCUGAUAAUUGUCGCUAAGGCUUUACCCAUGGACCAAGCUGAACUUGUUAGCGACAGCUUAAACCAGUCUAUAAGACAAUAAAACCAUUCGAGGGCUAAUAUUUUUGCCUAACUGACGUUAACUAUGCUUUGCUGAAAUUUAACGUCGAUUCAGAAAGUCCUUUCGUGUGAUAAUUUCAACAAUGAGUAUGUGAACUUUUCUCCACCGUAACUCAAUUAGUCCAAUCGUUUCCGUGUACGUCUUUCGUUAUUAAAAUAGGACUAGAUUUGGCCUUUUUUUAAUACUCCUUAAUUGAUUGUGAUCUAUAAAUAAAUAUAACAAAUUGUGAAGUACAUGCAGAACUAAAAAAGACGUCUGAAAAGUUCAAAAAGGGGUGCUACUGCUGAUUGCAAUGCUUAGUGAAUGUCAAUGAAACAUUGUUAUGUAAUGUGCAAGUAAAUCGGUGUGCUUUCCAAAGAAAACCUGGAGCUCCUGAGAAAACACAGAGAAUUAUGGUUGAGUUUAGUUCUGUUGUCAAAAACAUAUUAUGCUUUGUGUUCCCUUCGGGGAAAAAUUGUUUAACGUCUUUUUCUUAAAGCUGGGGGAGGCACCCAAGGGGAAGUUUAUAUAUGGGUGUACCAAAGAGGCCUGCAAACCCUCAGUGGAGGAUCCAGAGGAGGGGGAGGGCCCUGCCCCCCUUAUUUUUGAACCAAACUGAGGCCUAAAGGGCUGAAAAAAAUUAUUUUUAAGACCGCCCCCCCCCCCCUCUUAUCUGAAGAUCUGGAUCCACCUCCUCUGACCCUGACCCUGUUUAAGACAAAAUCUGUUCACUACCCUGUCUAAGACAAGACACCUUUUUCGUCACCCUGAUUCAUUUCAUUUUGGCUACAGUAGUAAUUGUUUUCUACAACUCAAAUCAUAGAAUUAGAUUUUUAACGAACUUAUGUAGACCGCAUAUGAAGACUGCGUACCGCCAUCCUUCUUGAAGCUUACGAUUUUACACUCAUGUACAUUGGUGCCUUAUGUUAUAUUUCAAGAACCUCGGAAACUCUAGUGAUGACUCAGCCUUUUAGUCUGUUCAGCAUAAAUGCAAUAUGAUUUUCUUACUUCUUAACGUUUUCAGUUCUCUUUAAAAGCGUCGCUAGUCUGUUCAGUUAGAGCAUUUAGCUGGAAAAACUAAAUCAACAAGCAAUUAAUGGAGUAUUAUAGUGAAGAGGUUUCAAUUGGUCUCUGUUAACAAUGAUAAUUAUGAAGUAUUUUGAAAGGCUACUCAGUGGUAUUAGUGGAAUUUAUUGACUAACGAUUUACGAACUUUUUCUUCGCCUUUUUACGUGCGACUUCCCUUGUCAUGAAUUUUAAAUUAAAUCGAUUCUCCACCAAACUCCUUUUCACACGCAAUCAAGGAUAAACUAAUUACAGAAUCGGUAUUAAACGUCUGUUUGAAGUGCUUUAAUUUCUUGCUGACACAUUAUGUCGGAAAUGAAAGUUUUUUGUCUGAUGGAAAGGAAUGUUCGUGUGUCGGCGAAAUGAACAACCAAGAAGCAAAUAUUGAUGCGUCAGAUACUUUCAGUUUUUAAGGUUAUUUCGAAGCAAUAAUCAGUCAUUCAUUAGUACAAGUAGAAGGGAGAUGAUUUUCCCCCCGUUCAAUUCCACAAGACCAAAAAAUGCUGUCUUCUAUAAUUAUUUUUUGGAUCUUUUAAGUCGCGUAAACCAUAGUUAAUUGAGUGGAAUGGUUAUGAAACCCGUCAGACUCCUUUGUUAUAUGUUUUUGUGGACCUGAAAGUGCACAACGUUCAAAAGAAUUCCUAUCAUUUUGAUUGUAUUGACCAAUAAAAACGUUGCAUUAAUUUAUUCCGUAACAAUUUGCCAACAGAAAACAAAGGAUUGUGCACUUUCACGGUGCUUUGAACAUAAACUGCAGCACUGUUGUUUUUAUCAUUGAUGUCUGCCGCUUUUCAUAACCAGUCUCCUCUAAUAACUAUGGCCAAACCAACGAAGCUGACGGGUGAAAACGUAUGGGUUUAACCCUUUAAACCCUAAUAUCAAAGCUCAAAUUCUCAUUUUUUGUCUCUUACGUAUUCAACAAAAGUAGUGGGGAGAAUUUGUUGGAGUAUCAAUAAGUUUCAUCUUGUGGUGUGAUCAUGUCCUUAAUUCUCGUGACCACUCUGUUUUCUACAGCAUUGAUUUCCACGCUGAUCACUAGUAGGGGUUAAAGGGUUUAAGAGAGAAAGAUCAUCACUUUUUCCCCCGGUUUCUCCUUAGUUCUUAAUUGUUUAAGCUUGGAUAUAUUACAGUGAAACCUGGAUAUAACGAGCCUCUAUAUAACAAAGUCCCCGGUAUCAGUAAUGAAGAAGUUUCUUUACCCCUGUAAUAGUAAAUUAUAUGAAAAAGAACCUCGAUAUAACGAAACCUUUUUAUAGCGAACAGAUUUUGCCAGUCCCUUGAGCCUUCGUUAUAUCGAGGUUCCACUGUACCCUACUGAAAAUCAAUAAAACGUUUACUGAAAGUGAAGAAGAUGUGAACUGCGGCAAUGCAAAUUUAAAUGAAGAUAUGAUUGUCGCUUUGGUAAUUGCAUUUUUAGCAUUGCAAAUUACCUCGAGAAAAAUGUUUCGGAACUUCAACGGGAUUCGAACCCAUGGCCUCUGCGUUAGCGAUGCAGUGCCCUACCAACUGUGCUAAAACUACCAAUUUCUUGCAAUUGCUUAAAUUGCAGUUACCACUGCGACGAUCGUAUUUUCAUUUUAAAACUUUUACUGCUGAAAAGUGCUCUAGGAAUGACUCCUUAUUCUUACAUUUCUUUCUUUUUACAGGUAAAUCCAGACAUUAAGUGAGCUAGCCGUUUUUGCAAGUCUACCUUGCAAGUACGUAAAACACGCCGCGCAUAUGUUCCUCGAUAAAACUACUUGCUGUUCUUUGUGGAGCAAAAGAAAUGGAUUGAGAAGAUCAUGUUGACACUGCAUAGCGAUCAGGGACUGUGAACUAUUCUAAAGUAUCAGUGAACAAUGAAGAUGUCACGUUGAAUUGUUAAGUGACAUAUAGUAGCUGUGAUACAAGGUCUACGCAGGGUAUAGAGCUAGAACCUAUAGGCUCCUGGUUGUACAAUAGAAUCUUGCCUUUCAAAAAAUUGGUUCUCGAACCUUCCAUUGUUCGAACCACAACCGAUUUCUUUUCUCCGGUCAAACACUGUAAUUUUAUAACCCUUGAUCUCGAACCUCUUGACCAUUCAAGCCUUAUUUCCAUUUUCCCAGGAGGUUCGAAAUAUCAGGAUUUUUAACACUGUUUUAGGGUAUUAUUAGAUGUAAUGUUGGAAAGAAGAAUCACAAAGCGACGCGUAGCACUAAUUGACCUGAAAUUCAGGUCAGACGAAACUUAAAAGCCUCCAGAAGAAUACAGCUGGAGCUACGUCCUCAGCCGCGGAACGGAUGAGCUACGAGGUUGUUCUAACUAGAAGCAGUUGGUAAUUACUGAACUUCUGUUAGGCUGUACCGGUUACUAACUUUAAGGUAUGCGUGAGAAAGAGGCACAUUUUAGGGUGGUUCAGAGUAAUCCGUUUUCAGUCUCUGAGUAAAGCGGCUAAGAGGACACUAACGAUGAAGUUCAUUAAAGUUCCUAUGUUUAAAAGGGAUAUUUCUUUUUAAGGUAAACUUUUGUGCUUAAGUAAGUCAUUUCUUAGUGCGUUCACCCAUACACAAAAUUCUCCUGUUGGUUGUGAAGAAUAUAUCAAACAAAUUUCACCACGAAGCACUAACCAUAAUAAAUUCUUUGGUGAUCUUUCCAGGCAUAGCAUUUAAAAUUGAAAAAGUUGGCCCAACUUUUUCAAGCUUCAAUCCUCGUUCAUCCUUGCAAUCCGUGGC